AUGAGUGACUUCUCAAAUAGACAAAUUAUUAUUAGGAUUGUGUUCCAAAUCGUGACAGUCAAGCUGUUAUUGAAAAUCUGCUUUGCUAAGGAUGUUCCUGCUAACUUUGUUUUCGGGGACUCCUUGGUUGAUGUAGGAAACAACAAUUACAUUGCAUCAUUGUCCAAGGCUAAUUUUGUUCCGAAUGGGAUUGAUUUCGGAGGGCCAACAGGGCGAUUCACCAAUGGAAGAACAAUCGUUGACAUUAUAGGGCAGGAAUUGGGUCUUCCAGGUUUUACUCCUCCUUACUUAGCUCCUACAACUAGGGGACCAGUUGUUCUUCAGGGUGUCAAUUAUGCAUCAGGUGGAGGUGGAAUUCUCAAUCACACAGGAAAAAUUUUUGGUGGUCGAAUCAACUUUGACGCACAGCUAGACAAUUUUGAAAAUACAAGGCAAGAUAUAAUCUCGAGCAUAGGUGCUCCUGCAGCUCUAGAGAUGCUUCAAAGUGCUCUUUUCUCAGUUACAAUGGGAUCCAAUGAUUUUAUCAAUAACUACUUUACACCCGUUGUCUCAGCUGAGGAGCAGAAGUUAGUUUCUCCAGAAGUGUUUGUGGCUUCCAUGAUUGGAAGAUUCAGGCUACAGCUUACUAGACUUUACUCUUUGGGUGCUAGAAAGAUUAUUGUAGUAAAUGUGGGCCCUAUUGGUUGUAUACCAUAUGAGAGAGACCUAAAUCCAACAGAAGGAGAUAGCUGUGCUAGUCGUCCAAAUCAGCUGGCUCAGCGAUUUAACACUGAGUUGAGGAGUCUUAUUGAAGCGCUCAGCACAAGCCUGAAAGGAUCAAAUUUCGUCUAUGCCGAUGUUUACCGCAUUGUAGACAAUAUCAUACAAAAUUACAGAUCUUAUGGUUUUGAGAGUGGAAGCUUUGCCUGUUGCUAUAUUGCAGGCAGCUUUGGAGGCCUGAUCCCAUGUGGCCCGUCAUCAAAAGUUUGUCCGGACAGAUCUAAGUAUGUUUUCUGGGAUCCAUACCAUCCUUCUGAUGCUGCCAAUGUCAUCAUAGCAAAACAUCUCUUGGAUGGUGACUCUAAUGAUAUUUCACCAAUGAACAUUCGGCAACUUGCUAAUAUUUGAUUUGAUUAUAAAAAAAUUCUGGCAAGAAAAUGUUCUGCUCGGAAUUGAUAGUACAUUUAGACAGAAAAGUACAAGUGAUACUAUCAUACUAGUUGCCACUGAAGAAAAGGACAUUGUGUUAAAGUGUGCCAAAGUAACAGAAGGGAACUUUGCCCAACUAAUUUGUCCAU